AUGGGGAUUAAUUACGGGGUCACACAGCAGUUCGACGAUCAAAUAUGUCAAGAUAGCCGCCGGUUAUGCCACCAGAGUGAAGACGGCGCUCGAGAGCGGAAGACUUCCAUACAUGCGCACGGCGAUAACGUGAAAAGGGCGGCAAAAGCGGGAGCUCUGGGCGAAAGAGAACGUGGAACGGGAGGGGGCAAGGUCAACUGGCAGGAACCAAACGGUUCUUCUUGUGGUCAACUUGCCCACGUCGGCGAGAAGGAUGUCAACAGGGGCAUUUCUCAAACGGCGCCAUGUAAGGCUGCGAGAUGGCUCAACGCAAGGCUGUCUCGUCGAUGGUUUCGCAGUAGGUCUCCGGGUGCGGCGAAGCAGACCAAGGCCGUUACCAAGGACCAAAGGGGCACGUCAUUGUAUUGUGCAGCGGUACGCCCGGCCAUGGACGUUUGCGUAGCGGAAAUGCGAAAGAAAAGCGCCGCAGAAAUGCGAAAUGAGACGCAGAGAGCAAUCGCGGAGGCUGCAAGCCAGCAGCAAGAGCAAGUGCACUGA